AUGUUUACAAUUGCCAUGUUAAUUACGCGGAUUUUGUAUGUUUCUCUCAAUUUUUUCUUGAAAAAAGGGAUUGCAACCCAAGACGUUAGUUCCCGCUUUUUGUGCGGAUCAGCGCCACCGGCGGAAAUUCAAAUUGGCGCGGCGCGCAUGCGCGUUACCAACCCCCACGAUCACCGUUAUGGCGAGUUAGUUACAUCGAAAGACGUAAACGUAACGUGUCGUCUCUCCCGUUGGGCUAAUCGGGUCGUUUCCAUCGGUUUCAGUGAGAAGUUUGCGAAAAAUCGCGUGUUUUUCCUCCGGCCAAGAAACGGGCGGGAAUUGGUUUCCCCGAAUGGAAAGCUCCAGCUCGGAUGGGGUCGUCCUGCCGGACAUCUCCGAAGCCGAACAUUUGGCGAACGAGCACGACGACAAUGGCGACAACGGCGACGCCAUCGACACGAAAAUGACGCCGAGGGUGGCGGCUGUAGCCGUCCGGCAGGGCGGCGUACCCGUUUCCUUACCCGUCGGCAGUCUCAUCACAAGCACCUUCAACGUCAUCACGCAGGACCAGAUGCAACACUUCAACUACCUGGCGACAGACGGCUCCGGGGGCGAGCUCAAGACCAUCGUCAUCCAACAGGAAGACGUCAGCGCAAGUAACUCUGUCAAUAACCCGCCGGUAACCCAGUCGAUUGGUUCCUGGAGCGACGCCGCCAGCUUGCCAGUCCUACCUGUCAGGUGUAAAAACACUUCGGCGGAACUACACAAGGACCGUUUCGGCUCGGGCGGCAGAGGGCGCUGCAUCAAACUAGGCAACUCCUGGUACACCCCAAGCGAGUUCGAAGCUCUAUGCGGUCGUGCCUCGAGCAAAGACUGGAAGAGAAGCAUACGGUUCGGUGGACGGAGCCUACAGACCCUGAUAGACGAGGGGGUGAUCUUGCCGCACGCGACCAGCUGCACAUGCGCGGCCUGCUGCGACGACGAGACCGCGACCGGCCCGGUACGACUUUUCACCCCUUACAAGAGGAAGAGGAGGAAAAACAGCGACUCUUUGAGCGCCGGAGGAGGAGGGGGAGGGAGCAAGAGGCAGAUGAACAGCUCCAACGUGUCCAACGAGGAGGACAGCGACCACCAGACCAAAGAGGAGGCGUGGCAGAAUUUGGCCGAGGGGCUCGACUCGAACGAUUACCAGAUGAUGGAGCCGAUCGUGUCUUCGGACCCGGCGGUUUACGUUAAAAAGUUGGAGGAGAUUUCGAGUCAGAUCACGCGACUUGGGGCUGAGUAUAGGAGGACCGUGGAGGAGCUGAAAGAGAGCGUUGGCCGUCAACAAGAAAAAUUCCAAAGGGAAAAGGAGGCGGCCAUCUUGGCGGCCAGGGUGGAGGCCCAGGUGGCCGCAUUGGGGUCGGACAACAACGGCGACUCCACCCUGCAGCAAAUCGACACCGACAACCACAAAAAGUGCGCAAACUGCGACAGGGAGGCUUUGGCGGAGUGCUCCUUGUGCCGCAGGACUCCCUACUGCUCCACCUUCUGUCAAAGGAAAGACUGGGCCUCCCACCAGGUGGAGUGCGUGCGGGGGGUUGCGACUGACGCGGGGGGGCAGCAGAGCAUCAUGCUCAUCGUCGAAAGUACUGAGCAACAGUGAACUCUCUCUCUCUCUCUCUAACCCGUGGGGUGAUGCGCGCGUAAUGAUGGUUUUUUUAAUUUUAAAUUGUUUUUGACCUUUUUUUAAUUUGAAUUGGAAAAGGGGCUGACCCCGAAUAAUGACGGUCGCGGAUAUUUUUUUAAUGAAUUAAUUUUUUUGUUGUGCCCCCCCUUCCCCGCCCCUGGACGACUUUUUUCGUUGUUUUUUGUACAAAUUGUACAUUUUUGUUUAUAGGCCUCGUGCACCGUGAUAAGUUUAUUAAUUGUCAAAAAAUGUGAUAAAUUUAACGUUAAAUUGACGGUUUUUUUAUGUUGGCAGCGACAAAUCGUUGGACUUUUGUAUUUUCUGCUGAAAUACAGUUGCAUUAAAACGUUAAAA